ACACUGCCUUUGUUGGUGGAUCAGAUUGAGGAGCGUAGUGUAAGAGAAAAAUAGUGGGAGUCAUCAUCCAUAAUGAGGCCAAAGAUUUAUGUUUUUGGGGACUCCAUAACCGAGAUGUCCUUCGAGGAUGGCGGCUGGGGCGUUUCCCUCGCCGAUCACUUCCGUCGCACGGCUGAUGUGGUGUUGAGAGGGUUCAGCGGUUACAAUACGAGGUGGGGUUUGAGGAUAAUCGACAAGGCGUUUCCGGCGGAGCAGGGCGGAGGUGCGCCGCUGGCGGUUACGGUGUUCUUCGGAGCAAACGAUGCCUGUGUUCCCGAUAGAUGCUCUUCCUUCCAGCACGUGCCUGUCGAUGAGUACAAGCAGAAUCUGCGUUCCAUUGUCUCCUUCUUCAAGAAACAAUGGCCAACAGUGCAUGUCAUCCUCAUUACACCGCCUCCAAUUUAUGAACCGGCACGCCUUCUAUAUCCAUAUGGUGAAAACAACUCGGGCCUUCCAGAAAGGACAUAUGAAGCUGCUGGAACUUAUGCCAAAGCGUGUCUUGCUGUUGCAGCAGAACUUGGAAUUCCAUCUGUGGAUCUAUGGACAAAAGUUCAGGAAGUUCCAGACUGGCAAACUGCUUGUUUGAGUGAUGGUUUGCACCUCAGUCGUGCUGGGAAUGCUAUCGUCUUUAAAGAGGUGGUUGAUGUGCUGAAGAAACUAGGCUCCAGUGUGGAAACUCUAAGGGUUGAUUUCCCACUCAUAGAUGACAUUGAUCCAAAUGAUCCCCUGAAAUCCUUUGAAAACUUGAAGAACUAAAUCAGCAUGCUGUUCUUGAUUCUGAUCCUUAAAUCGGGUCUGUCUACAAACAAUAUCUUGAUACCAACUUGUUCAAUUUCCAUGCCAACUUUUUGUACUUUAAUACAUAAACAUGGUAUGUAGCACGUUUGUUGGUCUUGUUCUUCUGUUAUAAAUUACAAACCAGAUGAUGCCGUUUAUAAAUAUGAUAAUUUUGUGUUA